AUGACGGAUUCAAAAUAUUUCUCAACAACACGAAAAGGUGAAAUUUAUGAACUCAAAGCUGAAUUGAAUAGCGAUAAACGUGAUCGUAAAAAA